GUCACCGCCCGUCACUCGCGUCGCGCACUCCAUCGCUCGUCGCGAUCGCGCGUUUCUUGCGCGUCGAAAUUUGUAGUGUUCUCAAGAUUUUUAGCGUGAGGAAAACUCGUAACUCGGAUAGAAUUUUCUCCGAUUGUGAGAGAAGACUUUCAGCUGGAAAAACUCAUAUUGUCCCCCGAUGUGAUAAAUGACGAAAACACGAAAUCCGAGUUACAUGACGUGAAGAUAAAUAAAUCGUGAUGCUGCGCUCCUGAGAGGGUGGAAAUCCAAACAAAUAAAAAUUCAUCUGCUGCUUGCUCGGCGGCGGUGGAUCUUCCACGACCUCGAUGUGAUCGUCAACGGGAGCGUCGUGGCAUCGGAAUGAUGUUAAGGUAAACACGAACGAAGCUUCACAAUUUCGAGUCGAAAUACUUUAGACCCUUGCAAAAGAAGAGGAGAGGCAGAGAAAAUCUUGAAACUCAAGGCAGAGAUGACAGGGAACAUGAAAAUCGCUGCGUUCCUGGUGCUGUUUAUCGCGGAACUGACUCUCGGGGACACGCUUGACAGUAUGUUGAGUCGCCGGGAUCUCUGCACCAGUCUGUGUGAGAAAACUCCUAUUGGUUUCCCAGAUAACGCAUACGUAAAGUCUUGCUGUCAACGAGGUUGCCGGUUCUUCAAUCUAGUUGAUUCGCGCUACGGAUGGGAGCAAGACAGUUUGAAUGGCACUAGGAGUGCCUGCGAAGCUUCAUGUACCGAGGCCUAUACAAAUUCGAACGAUCGUUACAUCUGUAACACAGGCUGUAAUUUCAUGGCCAAGCAACGAGUCUCAGACCUGUUGUCCCUGUUUACUGUCGCUGUAUGCAUGGAGGAGAGCGUGGACAUUUUAUCUAUGUCGCCCGACAUGCCAGAGAACGAUAUAUUAACCGAUCCUGGAUUGCGCAAGGAACUGUUCCCCAGAUGGUGGGAUUCCGAUGGAUUUAAAUUGCCACAGACACACGUUAAAACCAUACCAAUGGAUGCCAGGACCAUAGAUUACACUCUAUUCUCUGACUAUUCCGGGGAAGCUAGACAAUUGGGAUCCACAUCUAAAUCCGAAUCGUUUCGAGAAAUGGAUCAGACGAAGGAUAUCUCCAUUCUGUCUUUCGUGUUUGGACGACUUUACGUGAUCUUCAUCCCCAUGAUAAUGUCCGCAACGACGUUGUACCUCAUAUCGAAGAAGGAUAUCUCGGAUAGAAAGAUGCCUUAUAAAAAUAUCAAUUCUUCGUCCGAUGUAGCGUUAUUCAUACCAGACGAAGCGGUGAUGUACAAAGUGCCACCGCCAAAAUACAAUGAAUCGUCCAGUUGUGCUGUUUAAACUCACGAAAUUUCGAUGAAGAUUUAUUGCGCGAUACAAUUGUAUCGCAUUUUAAAAGCCUUAGCAUAAUAUAAUAGUGCAAUGAAUAAAAUAUAUCUCUUGAUUUUUACUUGCGCUCUGAAAAUUUAGAUUGCAUUUACAAACAUAAAGAGAAACCAAAUUGUUCUUUUUUUUUUGUAACUUUAUAGAGUAUUUAUAUAUAUGUAUUUAAGUUUAUAUAACUUGAAGUAAUAACCAUGAAAUGGUUAACAAGACAAGGACAAAUUUAUUUGGCGAUAUAAAAUUUCUAAAUCAAAUUACGCUCUAUAAAAAUUAUCGAAUUUUUCUAAGAAUUUUAUGUUGAUAAUUACAGACUGAUUUAUUAGUUUUUGAAGUGUGCAUAUAUAUAUAUACCAAAGAGGAAACUUUUAAUAUCAAAAUUGCGAAAUCUUUAUGUCUUUCGCGAAUGCAAUUACAUAAUUUAUACAAGUAUAUAUAUUAUAUAUAAGCCGAUAUGUGAACUAUCAUACAACGAACAAGUUCAAAUUCACAGAAGAAAUAGACGUAAAAUUUUUUCACCGACAAUAUAGAUACAUAUUGUUUGAUUUGAUUGCUCUUAUUGUUUCGUGGCAAGCCAUUAUCUGAAAGUCAAAACGAUAAAUAGUACAAUAUAUAAAAUUAUGGAGAAGGCUUUGCGCACAUCGUGAUAUAUUUAAAUCUUUUUAUAAGAGAAUAUUGUAAGGUACAUAUAUAUUUUGUAUCAUAUAAAGGUUUAUGUCACAACCUCUUUUUUCAUAAAAAAAGGACUCAAAUUUGUCCAAAGAUUUCUUUGUGCAAUUUUGCAUCUUUGCUAGGUAAGCUGGAAUUGCAUUUGUAGUUUAUUUAACACGACAUACUGUUUUUUCCGCAUGACAUUCGUUAUGGUGUGAUUAAAAUAUUGUAUUCUUAUAAACAAAAAUUACGACUACCUUUGCGGUUUAUACAAAUAUAAUCACACACAACACAAACUUUGGCAUACACGCAUUUCACACGAAUCUUUUCAGGAUUUUUAUACAGUAUAUUGUCUAUAUCAUGUCAGAAUUUGUUUAUAGCAUACACAUAUUACAAAGUGAUAUAUUGUUACAUAUAUAUAUAACACAUUUUUCAAUUUUAAUAGCGAUUAGCAAUCUUUUUUUUUAUACACGAUGUGAUAGUAUUACGGUAUUGACACGCGUUAUAUUUAUGUAUUACUUGCAAUAUUUGUUAGAAAACUUUUAAUUCCUGUUUGAUCUUGUAGAGCAAGAAUUACACUUUUUAAAUCUCACGUGUAAAUAAUUAUAUAUAUAUAUGACUAACUUUCUUUCUUUUUAUAGGAUAUCAAUAAGUUUUAUGUAGGAAUAUGAUAAAAUCUUCAUGAUGCAGCGAUCAAUUUUAGUAGCGUCGCAAUUUUGGACGCAACCUUGAAAGUUUCAAACUAAAUUUACAUAUAAUCUAUGAGGAUAUAUGUAUAAAAGUAAAUGUUCAAGUUCCUGUUUAUAAGACUUAUAUUCUUUGAAUUAAAUCUCAUUGUUGUCGAUACAUAGCAUAGAAAGAUUUCGCGUUUCCUUUUGAUGUAAUUUGUUGAAAGUAAUUAGAGCAUUCCUGUGCGUGCGUAUCUCCAGAAGUUUGCAAUUAAAUAUUAGUCUUUAGAGAAUGUUCUUACAACGUAUUUAUAAAUAUCAAAAUAUUUAUUGCAUAAUAUAGAAAAGUACAUGUAAAACCAAAGUAUCGUGUUCCUUAACUAGUAUCUUAUAUAACUACGUUCUACAAAUGAAUGUUACUUCUACAGAUUGUAACUUGUGGAAAUAAACAAUUUACGUCACACAAAAA